GUGCGACCAAAAAGCAUCAACAAUACAGCAUGUCUUGCAAACAGAGAAGAGAUUAUAUUACUUUGUUGUCAUUUAUUGCAACGCUGUGUUUGUUCACGUUUCAAGUAAGUCAUUCGGUAAGUUUAGGACAAAGAAAGGAAGGUUUACCUGCUUACCAAGUUCAUGACAACGACUCCCAGCAGCAGGGCCCAGGUUUGCCCAGAUCCAACCCGCCGGAUCUCACCGAGCUUCGGCCUGAAUCUGUUGUUUCCCUCGGAGAACCAGACCCACAUGGCAGCGCACCGACGCGUCAUGAUCGACUGUUUAGGACUAUCGGACACAUCCGAGCGGUUGAAAGGACCUCGACUUCUGCCUCGAAAAAUGAUUAUCAAGCAGAUUUUACAGGUUUUCAUGUGCAGGGGAAGGUGUCUGGCCCCACCUCCAGUCCAUAUUUAUCAAAGUGGCUAGCUAUGAGCCCCUUAGUGAAGUGUGAUGAUGGUGUCAUGACCUUCACUGCCGCUGGAGAAGAAUUCACACACCUGUUAGUAGACAGAGGGACAGCUUCUCCAAUCUCCCUGUCCCAGUUACCUCCAUACUGUGGUUACUUGGUGAAGACGUCAUGGAGUGACCUCGAGAUGAUGGUGCCUUAUGGUGCAUGUUACGUUACACAGGAGAAUGGCAGUUAUGUGCUGCCCAUGUUGUGGUGGGGCAGCCCACUGAAGCUCUCCUGUCCCGUGCAAGCGUCCUCUCCUGUCCCCUCAUCCUCCCACUCGGCCCCCUGGGUGUUCUGCUCACCCUACGGCAUGGCAUUGCAGAUGCAGGAGCAGGAUAUACAGUUACUGGGAGUCGUAGUCAAUGGAGGUUGGGGUCCGUUUGUAUCUCAAGAGUGCGCGUAUCGUGUCUCCUCCAGUCCUGGGAAUCUCGCCUUCUUCAUCUCCUACAGUGCUGCUUGUAUCACACAUUCAGGUGGUCUUCAUCUCCAGUUUGUAUUAGAUGAUCAGAUAUACAUCCUCUCCUGCCCAGUUAAUCCUCAGUUUCCCUACAACCCAGAUACUGUUAGCCCUGCAACCACCACCACCCCUCCUCCUACUACUACUACUACUCCUCCUCAGCCUACAACCCAGGAGCAUUUUGCUCAGCUUCCUCACUUCCCCAAUGAUCCCGAUCCUGCAUUCCAGUACCCACCGUUUCCCCAGGUCUUCCCUUCUGGACCACAACCUGCCCACACCCCUCAUCCCACAUCCCCUCCAGCUACCCACCCACCCAAACAGCCAGCAAGUCUUUAUUACCCUCAGUAUUAUCUUCAGAUGCCCUAUUAUCCUGAACCCACUGCGGCACCAGUGACCCAGGCACCAGCUCCUCUCACACCCAGCCCGCUGUCACCGAAACAACCUGCCCACACCCCUCAUCCCACAUCCCCUCCAGCUACCCACCCACCCAAACAGCCAGCAAGUCUUUAUUACCCUCAGUAUUAUCUUCAGAUGCCCUAUUAUCCUGAACCCACUGCGGCACCAGUGACCCAGGCACCAGCUCCUCUCACACCCAGCCCGCUGUCACCGAAACAACCUGCUGGUCUACAGUACCCUGUCUAUCCAUUCUAUCCUCCCGCUUUUUUUAAUUUGUACGAUCAUGGACUGUUUUCCAACCCUGGUGUUGGGGUGCAGCCUGCUCCUACUUCACAUCCUGCCAUCACUACACCUUCCCCUGUUCCACCUACAAUCACUAGGACAAUGGUUCCCAAACAGCCCGACCUUCCCAGCUAUCCCUUCCACCAGUCUUACCCUAAAGAAACAAUUUAUUUUCCACAUAUCACAGCUCCGCCACAUGGCAACGAGAUGGCUCAGACAGUUACUCAGGAAACUCAUACACCAACCACUCAACCCAACACUCACACCAUGUAUGUCCACCCCCCGUAUCCCUAUUAUCCCUACUACCAUCCUCCCUACCCGCCACACAACCUUCCAUCGUACCCCCAUCAUCCAGUGACACAUCCUCCAACCACCUCCACCAGUACCACUACGAUCCCUACUACUCCUACCUACACAAGUUAUCCAGUUUCCCCUACAGCUGCACCCACUCCACAGCAUUUCCAGUGUCUGAUGGGGGCGAUAGUUGUCUUCUUGCCUUUUGCUCACCCAGAAUCCAUCCAGGUCAAAGACGAAAUGAUGACGUGGCUGUUAGUCUCCAGUGUGUCUCCGGUGUGUAGGUACAUGCUGCAGAUAGCAGAGGGCUCUGGGGUAUUCCUUCACUCUCCUCUGCCUGCCUGCCACAGCCAGCAAUGGACUCCCACGACUAUUUCCUUACCACUGCGGUUUUGGGACCUUUCCAUGGGGCAGUAUAGGACUCUGGACCUGCAAUGCCCGUAUCAAACUGCCCCUCCUGCAGUAGUUACCCCAUCAGUGUUUCCUACACCAGCCAGCACCCCCAACGCCAAGGUCAGCCCGACCCCUGUUGUCCCAAAGCCUAAAGUCUUCUGCUCCUCCUAUCAGAUGGCUGUGGAGCUCGCCCCCGGUCCCAUCUCAGGAAUUGUUGUUAAAGACAUCAAAGGGAACCAGAUGAUCCUCCAGGAUGCCCCAAAGGACUGUGGGUAUUCUGCAAGAAAAGGCAAAGAUGGCAAAAACCUUUUGAGUCUGGAGUUGCACUCGCGCUGCCACAUGAGUGUGCAGGGUAAAUUGUACAUCAUCACUGUCGUCUACGUGACGCUACAUGGGCAACGGAAGGCUCGGCUUUCCUGUCCAGUUGACAUCCCAAGGUCUGAACAAGAGUGCAACCUUCCCAUCGAACAGCGUCUCCCCUGCGGACCCCGCUCUGUAUCCCAGCGACAGUGCCUCUCCGUGGGCUGCUGCUUCAGCAAGCUCCCCCCUGCCUGCUACUACCCCAUGGAUGAAUGCACUAUUGACCGCCACUUUGUCUUCUCCGUGCCGGCCUCCCUCACGGACCCCCCUCUUUCCCCUGCCAUGCUUGUCGCUGCUGGCAACUCCACCUGCAAACCUGAGAGAGUGACUUCCGACUACGCCUUGUUCAAGAUCCCGAUGGAUGGCUGUGGGACACGCAGAUUAAUGGCGGGAAAAACGGUGAUCUACAUGGUGGAGAUCAUAAACAAGGUUCAAGCACUCAGCCUCAACUACGGCACCAUCACAAGGGAUUCUCCUGUCAGGUUGUUGGUGGAGUGCAGGUUUCUGCCAGGCACCGUUCUGAGUGUGAGCUACUUGGUUAAAACUCCCACUCUUGGAUCUGAAGUUCAGACACAGGGGGUGUUUGGAGUGCAGCUCAGGAUUGCCAAAGACGCGCAGUACAGCAGCUUCUACCCUCAGUAUCACCAGCCCCUGCAAAUGCUGCUGGGGAAACCCCUCUACCUGGAAGUGCGGCUUCUCAACGCCCCGGAUCCCAGUUUGGUGCUGCUGGUGAACUUCUGUGUGGCCUACCCCCGCUCUGGGAAGGCUGUUUGGAUGCUGCUUUACAACGGGUGUCCCAACCCCUUGGAUCCAGCCCUGCAGCAAGCUGUGCUCUCUGAUCCUCGGCCUCCCUCUCCUCAGGCUCAGACCCACCAUUUCACCAUCAGCACCUUCCAGUUCCUUCCUGACGGCGACUUUAAGGACCCGGACGAGGAGAUCUACUUCAUGUGUUCGACUGAAAUCUGCUCGCCACGGGACGGGCCUUGUGUGGAGGGAUGCUUUGGCCAGUGACGAUCUGGACAUCACUUUUAUCAACCGCCAAUAAAAGCUCUCAAAGGAC